AUGAAUAGUGAAUUGCCUAAGGAGUAUUUUGAUCUGGUGAGGAGCGUACUCAAGGAAAAGAGGCAGGAGGAAGGUGUUCGGCGAGACCAGGAGGGUGAAUCUGAGAGGCGAAGUUUGCGUAGGAAGCGGAGGAGAGUUCAAUCCCGUGUCAGCAGUGCGUCGGAGGUGAUAGAUCUAGACGAUGACGCAGGUGAGACCCCUCCCCGUGGUAGUCCCGAGGUGAUUGACUUAUCGGAUUCACCAUCCAUCAGUGACGAGGAAGUUGCCUCCGAUGAGUUCGAGGACGUUACGGACCCAGCGAUAGGGGACAUCUCAGUAACGGUCGCUACUGGGGAUAGAGCUGCGGAGCGGCGGGAGAAAGUGCAGCAGCGCAAUGUGUGCUCACCGGAGGAGAAGCAGUUUCGAAGAACCUUCCAUAUGUUGUACCUGGUCUGCAUGAUGACGCAUGGGUGUAUAAGGAACGACUGGUGCAAUGACUCAAAACUGAUGAAGCGGUUAACGAGGUUAGUUCCUGACAAGACGUACGAGAUGUUGCACCCGGCGAAGGACGACGAGAUGAUCCUGCGGAGUACUCGGAAACUGUUGGAUGGGUUAAAGAAGUGUAUGGAACUCUGGCAGACGCAUUGGAAGAUCGUGAGGGCGUACCCUGGGCGAGGGUGCUACAUGCCCUCUUGGCAGGAAGUCCAUGCGGGCUCCACACGGCAAAGUGUAGGGUUGACGCGAAGACAAUUUGUCAAGAACGUACUGAGAGGUGUUGGUGACGUUGAUGUGGCGACACAGGGGUUUGUAGCGCUUCUUCGGUCGUGUAACUUGAACGCAAGGCUGGUGAUGUCUGCACAGCCGCCGGACUUCACGAACUUGAAGCUGAGGGACGAUUUGUCUUGUGAGUAUGCUGAUAUGACUAAGUUCCCCUUGUUCUGGUGUGAAGUGUGGGACAAGUUUUCCAAAAGGUGGAUCACUGUGGAUCCGAUGAACUUGAAGACGAUUGAGCAAGUGCGCCACUUCUCCAAGUUGACGCCGAGUGGGGCCCCAGCAUGCAAGAGGAACGUGAUGCGGUAUGUGAUCGGGUACGACCGGAAGCGCGGGUGUCGUGACAUCACGAGACGGUACGUGCGCUACUUGCACGGCCGGACUCGUAAGAAACGUAUAACGAAGGACCUUCGAGGUGCACAGUGGUUUUCGCUGGUGGUAGGCUCUCUCAAUAUGAGGAAACAGAUGAGGAUCGACGAGUACGAGUCACACUAUUUUGAGCAACGGGACAUGGACGAGGGGAUGCCUGAUAAUCUCCAAGACUUGAAGAACCACCCCUUCUAUGUGGCUGAGACCGAUUUACGACAGAACCAGAUCCUGAAACCUGGGUGCAAGGAGUGUGGAUACUUGAAAGUGAGCCACAAGCAGGACAAAGUGCUUAAAGUGUAUGCUCGACGGGACGUUAUGGACUUGAAGAGUGCUCGCCAGUGGUACAACGAGGGCCGUAUAUUGAAGACUGGAGCUCGUUCGAAGAAAGUGAUCAAGAAAGCGAGGUCUCAGCGACGCGCUUUUGCGGAUGAUCCGCCAGAGGAGGACGAGCGGUUGUACGGGGAGGAGGACACCGAGUGGUACGUGGCACCCUUGGCGGCACCUGACGGCACGAUCAAGAAGAACGUGUACGGGAACGUGGAGGUGUUUGUGGACAGCAUGGUCCCCGCGAACUGUUGUCUGAUCCGGAGCCCACUGGCGGUGAAGGCGGCACGAUUUAUCCGUGUUGAGCACGCACCGGCGGUGACUGAGUUCAGGUUUGAGAGGGGCCACACUGUGAAACCAGUGAUCAGCGGUGUGGUCGUUGCCCAAUGGUUCCGUGAGGCUGUUCUCACGGCGAUUGACGGAAUUGAGUAUGAGCAAGAGGAGGACCAGCGGAGGGAACGUGAGUUGCACGCGUUACAAGGGUGGAACCAGCUGUUGUUGAAGAUUCGAAUCAAGGCGAACUUGAACAGUGCGUACGGUGGAGUUCCACAUGAGGAAGAGGAGACACCCGCAGAAGCCGGUGGGUUUUUCGUCCCCGGGAACACGACUGGUGCAGGUCACAGUGCUGAUGACGAUGCGCAACCUGACAUUGACGAUGAGUACGCUGAUUUUUUGAACGAGAUCGACUCAUCGUGA